AAAAACGUUUUGGACCACCUACGAGUUGCUCAGUUCUAGGGGGGCAUCUGCUCUGUUAAUUUUGGUUUUUGGUUCAUGGUUGAAGCAAAUAUGUUUGUAUGGAUACUUGCCGCCCUGGCAGUUUCUGUUAGCGCCCAGUGGGAUCCCCAUUUUGCGCCAGGACACAGCACAAUCGUCCAUUUAUUCGAAUGGAAAUGGAACGACAUAGCCCUGGAGUGUGAACGUUUUCUUGGCCCGCGAGGAUUUGGUGGAAUUCAGGUAUCGCCACCAAAUGAAAAUGUGAUCGUUCAACAACCCGGAAACCGUCCAUGGUAUGAGCGCUAUCAACCGCAAUCUUACAAACUCAUCACGCGUUCCGGAGAUGAGGCAGCAUUUGCUGAUAUGGUGCGUCGGUGUAAUAAUGUUGGUGUUAGAAUUUAUCCUGAUAUCAUCAUCAACCACAUGGCCGCACACCCUGGCUUGGCAGAAGGCACUGGAACCGGAGGCUCGGUUGCCAAUCCUGGAUUGCGAGAUUUCCCUGCGGUACCUUAUGGUCCAUCUGACUUCAAUCCAUCCUGUUCGAUCAACGAUUGGAACAACAUUUAUGAGGUUCGAAAUUGCGAAUUGGUAGGACUGCCAGAUUUGAAUCAGGCUGUCCCAUGGGUUCGGGAUAGGAUUGUGGAUUUCUUGAAUCAUUUGAUCGAUUUGGGUGUAGCAGGAUUCCGCGUGGAUGCUGCCAAACACAUGUGGCCUGGAGAUAUGGAAAUUAUCUUCAACAGAUUGAACAACUUAAACACAGCUCAUGGUUUCGCACCCAAUUCACGAGCUUUUAUGGCACAAGAAGUUAUUGACAGAAGUGGAACUGAACCUAUUCGAUCAUUCCACUACACUCACCUGGGAACGGUAACGGAAUUCCGAUUUUCAGAUUACAUGGCACGACAAUUCGGUGGUCAUGAUGCUCUGGCUUGGCUUAGGAACUUCGGCGAAGGCUGGAAUAUGUUGCCUUCGAGGGAUGCUUUGGUUUUUGUAGACAAUCAUGAUAAUCAACGAGAUCAUGCUCUGUCGUAUAAGGUGCCUAGACCUUAUAAAAUGGCAACCGCUUUUGCAGCAGCUUAUCCUUAUGGACAACUACGGAUCAUGAGUUCAUUUGCGUUCGAACGCGGAGAUCAAGGACCACCAGCUGAUGCUAAUGGAAAUCUAAUCCCACCUAGCAUCAAUGCUGAUAACACUUGUGGCAAUGGAUGGAUUUGCGAACAUCGUUGGAGACAAAUUACCAAUAUGAUUAAAUUUAGAAACCUUUGCUGGGGAACCUCCCUACAAAACUGGUGGGACAAUGGUCAGAACAAGAUUGCAUUCGGACGAGGCAAUUGCGGCUUUAUUGCAUUCAAUAAUCAGAAUGCGGACUUUUUGGAGGUUCUUCAAACUGGUUUGCCACCUGGUAUUUACUGCGACAUCAUCUCCGGAGACGUGGUGAACCAUGCUUGCACCGGAAAGACCGUAACUGUCCUUGCUGAUGGUCGUGCUUCCAUCCAUAUUCCUCAGUCUGGGGAAGACGGUGUGGUCGCAUUCCAUAUUCAGUCUCGCCUUUAAAUACUGACCAAAAAAUUGGAUUACUGACAUUGUGGGACGUGGUUCACUGUCAAAAAAAUAAUUCUAUGUUCUACACCAGCUGAAAUAAAUAAAAAUGAGUUGAAGCUUUUACUGACUAUUUUUUUA